AUGCCCCCACCUUAUUCAGAUGUCCAGCAGCUGCCUGGCAGUAGUGAGCCAGAAGCGGAAGCGCCGGGCGUGCUUGGGCGGAGCAGCGGCGCCGUCUCCCAGGCGCCACAUUUGAACGAGGCCAGCCCUUCCCGGUUUCCGGGCGUUUGCUCGAUUGGCCCAGACGAGCGCGAGCGUCGCUCUGCGAGGAUGGUCGAAGGUCCGGGCUGCGCGCUCAGCGGCGAGAGGCUCCGCGCUCGCGUCGCUCCGGGCCAGGUAGUGGCGAGCGCGCGACGAGCCGCGCUGUGGCGGCAGCCCGCGGCCCCGCCAGGAGCUGCCGCCGCCGCCGCCGCCUCCCCUUCCGCCGGCGCGGCAAUUGGAAAUAAGGUUUCCUGUCAAGAUUUCUUAAGUGUGCUUCAUGGAUGUGUCUACAGCGGUGUGAAAACUCUGGGGAAAGAGCUUUUCAUGUACUUUGGAGAGCAAGCUUUGAGGAUCCACUUUGGCAUGAAUGGCUCUUUGCGUAUCAAUUCAGAUGCAAGCCGAAACAGAAGUGCUGCAUCGGCUGCCUUGGAAAUACAACUUACUGCUGAUUCAAUUUGUUUCUACGAUGCAACUGUAGAACUUAGGAAUGCUGCUGAAAGUGAAUGGAAAAUUAGGAUGCUGGAAGACUUAGAUGUAUGCUCUCCAAAAUUUAGUUUCUCAAGAGCAGAAAAUGAGAUUAAGAAGCAAAAGGAUCGUCUGAUAUGUGAUGUGUUGCUCGAUCAGGCAGUCCUACCUGGUGUGGGAAACAUAAUAAAGAAUGAAGCUCUUUUUGACAGUGGUCUCCAUCCGGGUGUUAAAGCUUGUCAACUGACAGAUGAGCAGAUCCAUCACUUGGUGAAAAUGAUUCGGGAUUUCACUCUCCUCUUCUAUAAGUGUCGUAAGACAGGAUUGUCCUUAUACAAGCAUUACAAGGUAUACAAGCGUCCCAGCUGUGUCCAGUGCAGGGCAAAGAUCACAGUGUGCCGUUUAGGAGAGAAUAGAAGGAUGACAUAUUUCUGCCCCCAGUGUCAAAAGGACAAACCUCAGCUUGUGGAUCCUGGCAAACUGCCAACAAGAAAUAGUUUAAUUGGCUGGGCAUACAGCAGGGGGUCGUGUCCUAAUGAACAAGUGGCUCAGAAAUCAGAAGAGGAGUGGGCCUGUAGGCGUUGCACUCUAAUAAAUAAGCCUUCUGUCAAAAUCUGUGAUGUUUGUUUGACUCCAAGGCCCGAAGUUCAGACAACACAGAAUGAUGAAGUUUUAACUGAUUUAGUUAAAUACCACUGUAACAACUUCACAAAACCAACAACAGAAAUUAAGAUCAACAGGAAAACAGCAUUUGGGACAACAACUCUGGUUAUGACAGAUUUCGCUUUCCUAAACCAUAAUAGAAGUGAGAGCCUUACUCCAGAUGGAAGCUCUCUGCAUGGUUUUUCAAGAAACGAUUAUAACAGCACCUACCACUAUGCAGUAAACACACCAAUGCCCUUCCCCCACCAAUGUAAUUCUUUAAAGCCUGUGGAGAAGAAACAGAAGAUUGAUUACUCGUCUUCAUCUGUUGGGACUAUCAUCGGGAAUUUAACGAGCAGAGCACCUCCGGUUAAUAUAACAGAUGGUUCUUGUACAUUAAAUGCUGGCAGCCCUCGCUGCAGUAAACACCACCGUGUCUGCAUUCUCCGAGUGGUGAGGAAGGACGGAGAAAACAAGGGCAGGCAGUUUUACGGUUGUCCUUUACCUAGAGAGACUCGGUGUGACUACUUUGAAUGGGCAGACCUGCAUUUUCCCUUCUGCAAUCAUGGGAAGCGCUGCAUUAUGAGGACAGUGUUGAAGAUUGGCCCUAAUAAUGGAAAGAAUUUCUUUGUGUGCUCUCUUGGGAAGGAUAAACAGUGUGACUUCUUUCAGUGGGCAGAAAAUGGUCCAGGAAUGAAGAUUAUCCCAGGAUGCUGAGCUAUUCAUCUCCAAUACACCAUUUGACGUUAAUCUUCUCAAACUAUGUAUUCUACACUUCUCUAGGAGUCGUUUUAGGAGA